AUGCCGGUAGCGACCUCUAUUAGCAAGGGGGAUGAUGCUAGGAAGAGCUGCAAGUACAAGUCGGACCGCAAGGGCAAGAGGGUGAUGGAGCAGAUGAACGGCUCCGGCGACGGCGAUAGCAGCAACCACGGUGGCAGUGGUCGUAGCCCUGGCUCUCACGACGACGACGAAAAGGUUGACGACGACAAGGACAUUGAUGAUACGCGCGACCCCGUUUACCGGGCAGACCCGACCCCAGAGGAAGUCACGGCGGCACAGGCGAUCCUGCUGAAGGUGUAUCGGAACGCUUAA